CGUUAGUACACUCGUCAACACGGGAUAUCACGAAGAUCCGGAUCGUACUUGUCUGCGUCGUCCGAUCACGUCGUGAUUGUCGUGCACCGACGAAAACCAUAAUGCCUCAUUGUCAAAAAAUAAUAUGACAAGUCAGCUGAAAUUAUUAUUGAAUCAGUCCAGUCGCUGUGUAAAUUCCUAAUUCUGUCGGGGCAAAUGAAAGGGCGACUGUGCGACAUACUAUCUAGUCGAAUUUUAAUCACGACUGGACUAAGCAAAUCCGUAAAUAUUCUGAGAAGGAAAGUUAUGCAGUCGUUCACCAUGGGUGACUCAAUAAAACAGUGUAACUCCGAAAGCAAGUCGAACAGCGAUGUUGAUAUCAGUAAUUGUCAAAAGAAACCGAAAGACGAAGAAAAAGAACUAUUUUGGAAGAUUCACGAAGAAGCCUGCAAGAAAAACCAAGCGACGUAUACAGACCCUAAAACUGGUUACACAGUAUUUACAAGAGUUGCACACCUCAAUAGAGGUACUUGCUGUGGUAGUGGAUGUCGUCAUUGUCCGUAUGAACACGUCAAUGUCAAAAAGUAACGAAUAAAUCCUGUUCAGCUGUCACAUGACAUGAUAAUUUCCAUCCCACCAUCUAUCCAACUGAUGGACAGGAUGUGCAGAAAAAAUUUUUGCUGUGAGUGUUUUGGGGAUUAAAUUUAAAUGCAUGGUAUAUCAGCCAAGAGGCAUGUAAUACAAGUAUUAUAUUGUUUGACAAAUAUCUCACACACUCGCGUAUUAUUUUAAUAUCAUUUUUCGUAACAAAUCUGUCACUUAUUUAUUUCUAUGCAUUUUGUACAUUAUUACAAGCGAAAUUCCAAUUCUCAGUUCAAGCAUAAUUCUUAUAUUUGCCCACAAUAGUCCUUACUCAGUCUGAUC